AAGUACUUGUAAAACUACAAUCUGAAAAUACUAAAUUAGAAGAUACUAUUAAUGUUGAAGACAACUCUAAUUUUGAAGAUACUACUAAUUCUGAUAAUACUACUGAUGCUAAAGAUUUUGGAAUU